GGUAGGGGAUGUGAUGCCAUGUGCAUAUUCAGAAGCGAGAUGGUAUGCGGCCUAUUCCUACCACACCUCGAUUAUAUCUUGAACCAAUCGAAGUAAGUCCAUGCGCCAUGGUGAAAGGGUUUGCAGGCGUACUCGUAGCCUGCUGCUGGUAUCGGACAAAACCUGGCUGACAAAAGCUGAAUGACAAAACCGUAUAUCUUGAUUGGCGGCAUGCUUGGCAGCCUGCUUCAGUAAUAGAAAUAAAGCUCUACCCAAGAAGUUAUUCCUUUCUUUCCAUUUCUCGACUACUAUUAGAAUAAACCUCGUAUCUCAUCUCCCGUCUGAGCUCAAGUAACUCACUACAUCCCUCUACAAACAUGGCCAAUAAGGCACGCAAGGUUCCCCAAGAGAGCUGGGAGCUCCACAAGGAGACUAUUCUAAGCCUCUACCUUACUUCUGAUCUCUCUAUAGAAGAAUUAGUUCAGGCCAUGGAAAAGGACCACAAGUUCUUUGCUACUCUAUCACAAUAUGAAGCCCGGUUACGAGAUUGGAAGGCUCGCAAGAACCUGAAGAAGGGCGAAUGGGAACUUAUAUUGCCGAAGAUUGACCAACUAUGUUCUCGAGGCAUUCAGACGAAGGUGGUGAUUGCGGGUCAUCCUGUCCCAGCGAAGAGAAUCGACCGAGCCAAACGUUACUUCAAGGGGGAUCCGGAGCGCCCUCGGAAGCGACGCCGAGUUGAAGAAGACCGAAGCCAAGCAAUAAACAGUAGCGACGGAAACGCUACUAUCGAAGUCCGGGAUUCCGACGGUAAUUGGGUCCCAUACGUAGACGUACCUAACGAGGACGUCUUUUCUCAAGUGCUAUUUCCAGAUGUCAAUGGAGUACUUGAACUUACAGAGCAAGAGGUUCAAGUUGAGGAUAGCUCUGCUCGCGCUGUCUCAGAUCCUGCCCCCAUCGAGUCCAUAUCAUUUCCAAAUAUGCCUCGUCAACCGUCGCCGCCUCAUGCUAUGAUUUUCGUUUCUCGCGACCAGUCCACGAGUUUAGAAGAUCAGAGGCUCCCACAGACCGCUGGCUUCGAAAGCCAAGCUACACAGUCACUUCUGAAUUUUGAAUGGAAUGUAAAUGUUACGACCUCGACAUUGGAUUCAGAAAACUACGACCCGCAAAUGAAUAACGAGACCCUAAUUUCUCUCUGGUCACUAUUCUUGGAGGAUUUGCCCUUUGAGCGAUUCGAACGUGGCUUACUGUCAAGACAUCUUCAUUUUGCGCACUCUCCGUCCCCGAUGGGGGACUGCCGAUUACUUUCCGGAGCUGAGAACGGGGCUAUGAAAUUCUUUUUUCAUGCCGUUACUGCCAUGACAAAUAGCAAUGGGAAGUCCGCCGACGAAAACUUGAUCAGUGCUAGACUUUCCUUUCAGAUUUUGGAAACAAUUCUUCCGAACCCCCAGCGGCAUUAUAGAAACAGCCAUAUGACUAGCCUCUCACAAGGGAAGAUUGAAAUGUGCCGGAUACUUCUAUACUCCGUUGCGAAUGGAUUCAGUGGUACGAAAGACAUGCCGCCGAAAGUUAUACUUCGAUUCCUGGACAAAAAUUGCAACAUCAUCAAAUUAUUACCACAACUCUGUCAAAAUAGCCCGAACCAUGCUGCAAAAGCUCUCGCAGAAAACUUGUUUCGUUUGUGCGUAGAAUCUGGAAACCGCACAGCUAUCAGGCUCAUCCUCAAAACUGGCUUAGUCGAUGUGAAUAAGAUAUGCUGCUUUGCUAAAGGUCGGAAGUAUACGCCCAUGGAGAGAUUAGCCGAGCUCCAGGAACUACAAGCAAUCCAUGAAUUGCUUCGAUUCAACGCUGAUACGAACCGAACAUAUUCAAAGCUAACCCCCGAGAUGAAGCCCAUUUACAUUUGUGGGGCUCUGGAGCAUCUGAUAUAUGGACUCAUGCUAAAGUCUCCUCCGCAUAGUCACAGCUCUUUCACCAAGGAUUGGCUCGAUACCGUGGAUGCUUUGACACAGGCAGGAGUGGGGGUACAAGCAAGUCAUAUUGGAAUGGCGUUCAAUGUUUUUGUUCGAACGGACCUUGCCGAAAAGCUCUUACCCCAGCUUAUGCUAGCAGAACAUUCUGAGUUCAUAUCUGAGGAACGCGGACUGCGUUUAGUCGCAGAAAGCUUUGCAGACGAAGAAGCUGAAAAGGCAUUCACUAAACUUCUAUUUAACGAUUGUAAGCGAGCCAGAUGUAACCAGUGUUUAAGUCGUCACGCAGACGAAAUCAGUUUGGCAAUUUAUGCUGGUGCUAGACGAGGCCAUCUUCAACUCGUGCGUUCAUAUUUCCAAUACGCAAAAUGUUCCGCUACAGUCCUCGCUGCGGCGAUUUCCAGCGGAAAUCACGAACUCAUUACAUUCGUCCUCGCUCAAAACCCUAGCAUGUACCCAAUUUAUGACGGGGAUCAUGAUGGUAUACCGCUAGUCGAAGCAAUAAAAGAGGGAAAUGAUGCUCUAUUGAGGGAGCUUGAAGCUAGGGGUGCCUUGGAGAACCUUGACAAAAAUGAUUGGAAUGCCUUUCCUAGGGUACUCGAUGCUGCUGCUAAUGUAGGAGAUAUCGAGUACGUAAAGAAGCUAUUGAUCCUCUAUCCUAACUUUCAUCCCAUGCGCAUAGUGAUGGCAUUUGAGUCCGCAAGCAGGAAUGCGCAAUGGGAUAUUAUGCACUUGCUCCUCGAUGCGGGAGUUGACCCUGCGUUUUUCCAUAAAGAAGGCGAUAAAUCCAUUGCGAAUAUUUUCGUCCGAGCUUAUGACAAUAAGUUGCUUCUGUCUAGCUUGAUUUCUGCCUUUCCAGAUUUUAAGAUUGACGGCCAUGAUGAAUGCAAUUUACUUAAAGAAGGUUUGGGGUCCGGGAAUAUGGAUAUCCUUGACUUUUUUGCUCGGUCUAGCAUGCUUGGCAGAGCGUUCCUGACAAGUUGUCUGCCAAUCGCAGUUAAGCGACGAGACGAGGCGAUGCUUCAUCGUUUACUCGAAUUGGGAGCAGACGUACUUACCAUGCAUAUUAAAGAUGGCUUAUUCGCUACAGACUUACAUAUUGGCAUGCUACGAAUCUUACUCCAGUACGUUCCAUCGACGGAGACUUGCAUUCCAUUGUUUGGAACACAAGCUCUGAUAGAUGCUAUCGAAACGAACAUCUAUAACAAUGAGAUCUUGAAUGUAUUCAUUGACUGCAAGGCUGUUGACUUGAAAUCCACUACGAAAUUUGGGGAGUACUGGGGCGACAAGGCGUCCCCCCUCGGGGUAGCCAUUGCGAAGGAAGCGGAGACAUAUUCGUCGAGCUUUCCAUUGACUAGACGGCUUCUUGAUGCAGGAUGCGAUGUCAAUGGGAUUGCGUCGAUUACUCAUUGUAGAAAGGAGGGCCGACCCAUGCCUAAGACGCCACUCUUGAAAGCAAUCGAGACUAGGAAUAAAUCUCUAGUCCAAUUCAUUAUAGAUCGUGGGGCCCAAGUUAAUGCAAUGGCUACUCUCGGAAUAAGAAGAACUCCACUUCAAGCUGCUGCAGAACAGGGGAAUCUUGAUAUAGUGCAAUUACUUUUUCGAAAUGGAGCAGACGUCAACGCCAAUCCGGCAACCUUCGAAGGUAGAACAGCGUUACAGUGCGCAGCUAUGAGCGGAAAUUGCAACAUUGCUGCCCUGCUGUUAGAUCACUGCGCAGACUUGUCUGCUCCCCCAUCUCCGUUUAAUGGGCGGUGGCCCAUCGAAGCGGCAGCUGAGCAUGGCCGACUCGAUAUGAUCCAAUUCCUUUGGAAUGUGAGCUGCGGGAAUGGUUUUCCAUCGGAGCAGUGCAUCGGGGCGAUAGGGCUUGCGAAAGAGAAUGGCCACAGGGCAUGCGCUGACCUGAUACGGGAACUGGCCGUUUCAAAUGGGAUCAUGCUUACGCUUGAAGGAUCCGAGUAGAGCUUGUUGACCUAGGUUGAAUAUCCCUAACCAAGUACCUACUGUCUACCCCUGACAUCUUGCCGGGACUUUGCUGUUGCUGCCUAACUAACCUACCUCACGCGAGGGAUUGUCGAGAACGAUCUACUGCUGUGAUCGUGCGUCUAACACUGGUGUACUGUUAUCUUGGGCCUGUGUUUGAAUUUCCUAUGGCGAGAUGACGUUGCUCUUUUAUGUUAUCUUUGACUUGGAAAUAAUGAGUAACGAUGUACUUCGUAUUUCAUUAUAAUGUCCUCUUCAUUCAUAUAACAGCAAAUAGAUUUCAGUUUUCCCUUACCUACUUCUGCCAAGUCAGUCUUACUUCAACGAUGUCGUGAAGAUACGACUACAACAUCUAUCACACUCUCAGCAUUAAUUAAAUGCUAUAAACCAUGCAACGUACCUAGCUACCCAUCUAGAGCCUGAACGACCUGCGCCCAGUCCUCCGAGCUAUACGCCCCAGGAACCUGGCCGUCGAACAAGCUCGCCAUCACCACGCGGUCCGACUGCUCGCCCUGCCAGGGCUCCCGCCCGUGCUGCGCGACGAUGUUGUCGUACACGAGCACGUCGCCCCGCUGCCACUUGUGCAGCACGCGGAUCUCGUCCGUGAUCCUCGCCAGCGCCGCCAGGUACUCCUCCGGGAUCGGCGUCCCGUCCCCGUACAGCUGCUGCGUGACGUUCUUCCGCCCGGAAGCCGAAGCCGAAGCCGCUGCC